AUCUCGACUCGUCAGCUGCGACUUUCACGAUUCCACGAGAUCGCUCUUGAUCAAGAUCGAUUAUCAAAUUCAUUCAUUCCAAAUGCUGAGCUGUAGAGCCGCGAUGGACUGCCGAGGACGAUCCUCCUGCCUUCUUGCCUUCGCCUGCUCCUCGACAACUCGUAGCUAGCUUAUCCUCGUCCAAUUCUUGUCUCAGCAACUCAUGAUAGACUACAUCCACAACUCGAAGCAGCGCAGACGAUCCAGCUCAUCGCUCGGUCCAGAGCUCGCUCUUGUCCCCCUGAUCGCUCUCUUGCCCGUCAACUGUGAAGAUGUCAGACCGAUCUUGCUCCCCUUGCGUCAGACGUACGAGCUCAUGCUUGACGCCAUCGUCAACGAGCUUCAUACCGCGCCAGCACGAGUAACGCACCAAGUCACGCUGGAGUGGCUGAGCGAGGAGUAUGGCAGGUUGCGCGUGACAAGUAGCAGCUGGCCCGCACUAUCGUGUCAUCUCAUGGAAACGCUCGCACAGCGUCAACAAAAGCAGCGAAUGCAAUACCCCUUCCUUCGCAUGGUCGACACACUUGCUGCCCUAUUCUACGUACAGCUGGUGGCUCUUCCGCUGCAGCCCGCGACACCCAAGUCAAUCGAUUCGCCACCCAUCAAGCAUGAGCCAGGCAAGACAAAAGAGGCAGCACACGAUGGCGCUGCAGCUCUCUCACGACCGAUCAGUGCAGCCGUCAGUGAGCCUACCAUCAUACUUUUCCAGCAAAACGGAGCCAACACAUCUACUCCCCGUCGUGGGCUCUACCCUCGCAUCGUCAUCCAUCCAGCCUCGGGCGAAGCUUCAGUCGUAUCAGACACUAGCUCAGACACAAGCUCGGAGCAGUGUCCCAAUACGCCCGCAAAGAGCACCUUCAGCCUCGACGAUUCGGAAACAGAGUCUACUGCUAGUCUUUCUUCGAGGGACUCCGAUCCGUUCGGUCAGCCUGUCAUUUUGCCUUGGCACAGACGCAAUGUAGGCACACAGUAGCAGAGUGUUGGAUUGAUACAGUGGAUACAACAUCGGGUGCAAUGACGUCGGGUGUACGAUGCGGAUCUCUAAGCUCCUCCACCCAUGCCUUUCAUCAUGUUUUGCAACCUGGUCUGUGUGUAAGUCUACCUCUUGCAAAGUGCCAGGAUGGACAUACCCCGCCAUGCCGCCCAUCUGCUUCAUCAUCGCUUCCGGUCCACCCAUUGCACGUACUUGCUCUGCCAUACCAGCCGGUAGCAUUCUCGAGAGCUGGUCCAUCGAUGGCAUCCUUCCUUGCGGUAGAGCGCCUCCGCCCUGCUGCAUCUGCUUUGCCUUU